AUGGAUCUUUGGCCAAGACAGAGACAAUCCUUUUCUGGCUUCACUCUAGCUGAGGUUGAGAAAAUGAAGCAUUUACAUAAAGAAUCUAGCGAACAGUCUUUGAAUGAGGAGUUUUAUAAGAAUCUGGCAAGACUUUUCAAUCGUUCCAGUGGUCGUGCUGGAAAAUCUGUUGUGAAGUGGACUGAGGUUUUUGUCUUCUGCUUUCGAUUAACUAAUUCCAUAGGCAACGACUCGGUCCCUCUAGAGAGACUUCAAGGGUUGAAGCUGAAACUGCUUCGAUACCUGAAGGUGCAUAUUCUUGACACGUUUUUCAGCUUGUACCUAAUAUCUGGAUACAAUUCUUGGAAGUGGAUUCUUCUGCUUGUAAUAAUUUAUCUUUAA